GCAACAAUAUUUUUGUGUAUUUUCGCCAUGGCAACGAAGGGUUCGCGUGCCUCGCAAGAUUGCGAACAGUGUCGCCCAAGUUCAAAACAGGGAAAGAUGUGAACGAACCGGACGGAGCAUGGAUUGCAGAGCGAACUUCCUGGCCUACUUGGCCGUGUUUUUUCACCUAGUCAGCGAUUACUGUUUCGCACCAGUGCAAUGUGUGGACGCUCCCUUUAUUCACAUUCCGGGCAACGGCGUCGUAUCCGGAACCUACCUGAAGAUGUUCCGGACGCAAAACAUCAAGGCCUACCUGGGCAUUCGCUACGCACAUGCCAGGAGAUUCCAGCCGCCGGAUAUCGAACUAACACCGUGGAAGGGAAUUUUCAACGCGACGGUCUUCCAGCCGGACUGCUGGCAGAACGCCAUGCCUUCCGUGGGCAAAGAAACCGAGCAGAUCCUGAAAAUCAUUCAGUCCGACCCGAGUUCCCAGGAUGCGGGCAGGAAGUACGAGGAGGACUGCCUGUAUCUGAACGUCUUUGUACCUGAUGGACUGCCCGAAAUCAAUGGAUACGCAGUUGUUGUGUGGAUCCAUUCCGGCGACUUCUCCACCGGCAGCCCGGCGGAUGUGGAGCCAUUUCAGUUGGUCUUCAAGCAGAAGGUGAUUGUGGUGACCUUUUCGUAUCGGCUGAACAUCUUCGGUUUCUUCACCACCGACGACGGCGAGGCGCAGGGCAACUAUGGCCUCAUGGACCAGUCGGCCGCGCUCUACUGGGUCAAGAAGAACAUCAACUUCUUCGGAGGCGACUCGAACCGCAUCACCCUGAUGGGCCACGAUGCGGGGGCCGUGAGUGUGGCGCUGCACAUGACGUCGGGUGAGUGGUCGAAGGGUGGCUUCCACAAGGCCAUCAUAAUGUCGGGCAAUCCACUGAGUCCGGUCAAAAUGCCGUACGAGUACGAGGGAUCCCUGGACCAGGUGUCCAGCACCUUCGCCUGUCCGCGCAGGCCGACCUCGUUGUUUAUCCAGUGCCUGAAGAGGAUCGAUGCCAAGCGGCUCUCGGAGAACCUGCCCUCGGUGAGCUGGGGCCCUGUGGUGGACUUUGGGCUGAGCAACACCUCGUAUCCGUUCAUCGAGAACCAGCCGGAGAUCCUGUUCAAGAAGGGCAGCUACCACAGGGUGCCCGUGAUCAUUGGAGUGACCGAUAUGGAGGAGGUGCUGACCUUGUUUAAGGACAAUCUCGACACGGACAUCAGCCCCGCCGAUCUGGAGGGAUUCUUCAACGACAUCGCCGUGAACGACAUGCACAAGCUGGUCCGCAACUACGAGUGGUGCUCUAACUACGAGUUGAUAUCCGAUGCCAUCAACUUUAUGUACGCAAACGACUCGGACACGGACGCGAAGAAGGCGAACAGGCACAUCAUCAGUGCCCACACCGAGAAGUUCUACAUCACACCCAUGCAGACGUUCGCCGAUCUGAUCAGUAACGACAGCCAAGUCUACAGCUACCUGUUCCGGAUGCGGCCGAGGUCGGUGCUCCAGGAUCUGCCCAGUUGGAUAAGUGUGCCCAAGUACUUCGAUCAGGUCUUCGUGUGGGGCAAUCCGUACAUGACCAACGCCGUGGACUGGAAGUCGACCGACAAGAAAAUCGCCGACAUUAUCAUGACCUUGUGGGCCAACUUCGCGAAGACCUCGAACCCCACGAAGUCGAAUGUGUACGUGAAGUGGAACGCCAUGACCCCCAACAAUGACUCGGUGCUCCUGGUCGACGAGAGCUUCAACACGGACAACCUGCUGAACAACCAGCGGAUCAACUUCUGGAGAUCGCUGUACCCCAAGAUCCUCGUCUUCUCCGCCGACUGCUGCAACUCCACGUUCUCGGGCAGCGGCCUGGUGAUCGCCACUUCCGUUCCCAUACUAUGUACCCUUAGCAUUAUCGUUAAUAUAUUUUGAAUAAAGAGAUCCUGCAAUAGAAACCGCUUUGACCCUCUCCAAGUAAUCUGUCCUACCGUUACUUAUUAUUAUAUUAAUAAAUACUUGAAAACAA